AUGGCACUUAUAUUUGGUAGCAUCCAUAUUGAGAGUGUCUCACACUCCACCCUGGUGCUGGACAUGGCCAAGAUUCUGUUGGACAAUUAUUGUUUUCCAGAAAAUCUGGUGGGAAUGCAGGAAGCCAUUGAACAAGCCAUCAAGGGUGGGGAGACUUUGGAUAUCUCAGAUCCUAAAAUCUUGGCAACAGCUCUAACAGCUGGACUUCAAGGAACUUUGAACGAUCCACGGCUGGUAGUAUCGCAUGAAGCUUUGGCUCCUGCAGUCCCUGAGCAAGAAGUGGAUGCUUCUCUACCAUUAGAAGCACUUUUAGAGGUUAUCCAGCACACAGUCAAAUCUGAAGUGCUGGGUGAUAAUGUAGGCUACUUAAGAAUAGACUACAUCAUCGGGGAGAACAUGGUGCAGCAAAUUGGUGCUUUCCUGGUAGAAAAGAUGUGGAAGCCCUUGAUGGAGACAUCAGCUCUUGUCUUAGACCUGCGUUAUACCACUGGAGGAAAGAUCUCGGGCCUUCCAUUCAUCAUCUCCUACUUGUACAAUGAGGACAAACUGCUGCACGUGGACACUGUCUACAACCGGCCUUCUAAUAGCACUAUGGAAAUAUGGACCUUUCCAAAAGUGCUGGGCAUGAGAUACGGUAAGAACAAGGAAGUUGUUUUGCUGACCAGUAAACACACCUCUGGGGUGGCCGAAGAUGUGGCUUAUAUCCUGCAGCAAAUGCACAGGGCCAUCAUAGUGGGCGAAAGGACAGCAGGCGGCUCCUUGGACCUCCGUAAAUUGCAAAUUGGGGCUUCCCAGUUCUACAUGACUGUUCCUGUGUUGUGUUCUAUGAGCCCCUUAAGUGGCAGUGGCCAGAGCUGGGAACUGAGUGGGGUGAUGCCAAGUGUGGCCGUUCCAGCAGAGCGAGCCCUGGGUGAUGCCCUGGCCAUUCUGUCCUUUCGCAAAGCGAUUCCUGACAGCGUCAGUCGCUUGAUGCAUGUCUUGCAGAACAAUUACUCAAUAAUUGAACAGGUGCCAGCAUUACUGCAACAACUCUCUGCGUUUGAUUAUUCAGCCAUCCUGUCAGAAACAGAUCUGGCUUUCAAACUGAAUACCGAAUUGCAAAGCAUCUCCAAAGACCCACGACUUUUCUUGUGGACUACCACAACCGGUGAGGCUAUGGUUAUGCCAGUUGAGGAGCCGAUGGACAUGAACAUAGAGCUGCUGGAUGGCGAACAACUCAAACAAAUCCUGGCUGCUGUGUUUCAAGUGUCAGUGCUAUCUGAAAAUGUGGGCUACCUGCGUUUUGAUCAGUUUCCCGAUGCUGGAGUGCUGAUCAAGCUGGAGCCCUAUAUCAUCAAUCAGGUCUGGGAACCUUUGCAGGCAACAGAUUAUUUGAUCAUUGACCUGCGCUACAACCAGGGUGGACCAUUUUCAGAUGCUGUACCAGUCCUAUUAUCUUACUUCCAAGAUCCCUCUGCCGGUCCUGUGCAUUUGUUUGCCACCUAUAACAGACUCACAAACCAGACCUACGUUUACAACAGUAGAGUUGAACUGCUAGGCAAGCCCUAUGGGACCCAGCGUGGCAUCUAUUUACUCACCAGCUACCUCACAGCUACAACGGCAGAGGAGUUUGCCUACCUGAUGCAAUCCCUCGGCCGGGCUACUCUGAUUGGUGAAAUUACUGCUGGCAGCCUGGCCCACUCGCACCCCUUCUGCAUACUCAGGGUAAAAAAAGAGGAAGGCUGCGGUCUCUUUAUCAAUGUGCCAUUCAUCACCUUAAUUGACCACCAUGGUGAAUAUUGGCUGGAUGGUGAAGUGGUGCCUGAUGCCAUCGUGCUGGCCGAUGAGGCUUUGGAGAAAGCCCAAGAAGUGUUGGCAUUCCACAGAGAGAUGGGAGCGUUGAUCAAGGAACUCGGGCUGUUGCUUGAAGCACAUUACGCCAUACCAGAGGUGGCCACGCGGGCAAGAGGCAUGCUAAACUCCAAGCUGGCUCAAGGAGGCUAUCGCACAGCAGUGGAUUUUGAAAUGCUUGCCUUGCAGUUGACCACUGACCUUCAAGAAGCUUCUGGGGAUCACCAGUUGCAUACAUCUUACAACCAUGUCGAAUCUUUCUUACAGGAACAACUUCCUAACAAGACUUUGACCCCCGAGGAGAUCCGCUACAUAAUUGAGGAUCUAUUCAAGGUAGACAUUUUGACUGGCAAUGUAGGAUAUCUGCGUUUUGACUUGAUGGCUGAAGCAGAAAUGGUGAAGGCCAUUGGACCCCAACUGUUGCACAUUUGGGACAAGCUUGUGACCACAGAAGCUAUGAUUGUUGACAUGCGCUACAACACGGGCAGUUAUUCCACCGCAGUGCCCAUCUUUUGUUCCUAUUUCUUUGACAGUGAGCCCCAGCAGCAUCUUUACACGCUCUUUGACCGCAGCACCACUCAAAGCAUGGAGGUGUGGACUUUGCCACAUCUCUCUGGCAAACGAUAUGGCUCGGCGAAGGAUAUCUAUAUCUUAAUUAGUCACGUGAGUGGAUCAGCAGCAGAAGCCUUCGCUCGCUCUCUAAAGGAUCUCAAUCGGGCCACGGUCAUUGGGGAGCCCACGUUGGGGGGCUCACUGUCCGCAAAUGUUUACCAUUUGGGCAACAGCCCCUUGUACGCUUCCAUCCCCAGCAAGGUAGUGCUGAGUCCCGUCACAGGCAAAGUGUGGAGCCUCUCUGGCGUCCAGCCACAUGUCACCAAUCAGGCUUCAGAAGCCAUGACUUCUGCCCUGAACAUCAUUGCUUUGCGCUCCAACCUCCCCAACAUUUUGCAGACGGUGGCCAAACUGGUGGCUGACAACUAUGCUUUUGCUGAUGUUGGGGCUCUAGUGGCAGACAAACUUUCUGAGGAUGCCAAAAGAGACACGUACCAGAAGAUCAAUUGUGAAACGAAGCUUGCUGAAAAAAUUGCAGCUGACCUAAAAGCGCUUUCUGGAGAUAAACACUUGAAAAUAACCCAUGUUCCCGAGCACCUGCGCAACCAUAUUCCAGGGAUCAUGCCCAUGCAAAUUCUUUCCUCAGAAAUGUUAGAAGACCACAUUAAGUUUUCGUUCCAAACCAAAGUGUUUGAGAAUAAUGUUGGUUACCUCCGAUUUGAUACAUUUGGGGAGAGUGAGCUUUGGCCGCAAUUCUCUGAGCUGAUGGUGGAACGCAUCUGGAAGAAGGUUGUCCACACUAAUGCACUAAUCAUCGACAUGAGGUACAACACUGGAGGGCCCAUCUCCUCUGUAGCAACUCUAUGCUCUUACUUCUUUGAUGAAGGACAUCCAGUUUUACUGGACAAAGUCUACUACAGACCAAAUAAUACUACCAGUGACCUUUGGACUCCUUCCCAACUUUUAGGUCAAAGAUAUGGCUCUGAGAAGAGCGUGGUCAUUCUCACCAGCUCUGCAACUGCUGGGACUGCUGAACAAUUUGUGUCCAUCAUGAAGAGGCUGGGCAGAGCCUUGAUCAUUGGACAAAGGACCAGCGGGGGUUGCCUCCCCUCUCAGACAUUUCAAGUGGACAGAACCGGCCUCUUUGUCACCAUUCCAACUUCUAGAUCCACAAUUUCUUCUAAGGACUCUUGGGAGGGGGUUGGAGUGGAUCCUCACGUGGCGGUUCCCAUUGAGAAAUCCCUCAUCCAAGCCAAAGAGAUCCUUGUCUCCCACCUCCAUAGUUUGAGUUAGAUUAGUGGGUCAAACCAGGAGUUUGCAUGAAGGCAAAAGGGCAUCCGGUUCCCUCCCCUACCCUUGAGACUAAAUUUUUGGCCUUGCACAUUCAUGCCAGACAACACAUCAUUCCAAGUCUUCUAUAAAUAGUUAAAAUAUAGAAGGAGAAGGAGGAAAGCAAGAAAUAUUAACCCAUCCUCCCAAUUUCAGACUGUGUUUCAGAAUAUAACUUGAAAUCCCCAAAUCCCUAGAACCGUGAUGGCGAACCUAUGGCACGCGUGCCACAGGUGGCACGCAGAGCCAUAUCGGUGGGCACGCGAGUGCUGUCCUAGCUCAGCUGAUUUUCGGGCCUUCCGGGCACACUGGAAGGCUAUUUCCGGCCUCUGGAGGGCUUCCGGGGGAGGGAAGGGCAUUUUCACCCUCCCCAGGCUCCUAGAAAGGCUCUGGAGGCUGGGGAGAGCGAAGAAUGGGCCUUCCAGUCCCACCGGAAGUCGGUAAAUAAGCCAUUUCUGGCCUCCGAAGGGCCUCCAGGGGGAUGGGGAAGGCUGUUUUCGCCCUCCCCAGGCUCCAAGUAAGCCUCUGGAGCCUGGGGAGGGCGAAAAACGGGCCUACUGGGCCCACCGUGCCAUCGUGUGCCAAAAGCGGGGGGAGCGCAGGGGUGUCACGCAUGCCUACGCGCGGGGAGCGGGGUGCACUGAAUUAUGGGUGUGGGCACACGUGAGUGCAACAACCCCCCCACGCACUCCCCCCGCUUUUGGCACACGAUGGCAAAAAGGUUAGCCAUCACUGCCCUAGAAUAUGUAUUUUUUAAGUUUUAAAGAGAAGAUACAAACUAACAAAAACUAAUAUAGAAUAAAGAAAGAAAAAAGAAAGAAAAGACAAAUUGCAGGAAAAAAGAAAAAGAAAUAGAAAGAGGCAGCUUCUGAUUCUCUUUGCAGCAAAUACAAAUACAGUUACACAAUUAUCUCUAGUUGUAAAAAGAAAAGCUAACUUUUUUCUAUUAUUUUUUUUUCUAAUCAUCAAAACCACAAAUCAUAAGUGCAUUUUUCUGUGUCAUGCAAAACCUCCAUCGGGGAUAUCCAAUCAGCCAUAAAUGCAGAUGUGGUCUUUUCUCUGAUCAAGGAAGUCAAUUUAGCCAUCUAUGAAAGUCCAAUCAUCUUCACCAACCAUUCCUUCUUUAAUGGGUAGUGUUGAAACUGUUCAUUUUUGAGCAUAUAAUAAUCUCGCUGCAGUAGUCAUUCUGUGUCUUUUUUUCUAGCUGUGUAUCCAUUAGUUCCAAAAUAAAAGCCUCUGGGUUCAACUGUA